AUCGGACUUGGACCCGACUACUGUGAAAAAAUUCCUCCCGAUCAAAAAGCUCGCGUCCCCAUCCCUUUUUCGUCCCCUCCGCCCGCCCAAGAAUCUUCUUCCCCUCUACAACUCCCCUUUUCCCUCUCGUCCCGUUCCUACGUCUCCGGCCUCGCAUCUUCUACAACGAGGAGAAGAAGAGUAGGAAGAAAAGAGAGGCCAUCGUCGCCGUCAUGAGAAAGGCCGUGCCCAACCCAAACCUUAAGCUCGCCGUCCCCGCCCACGAGAUCACUAUUGGAAAAUUCUUAACUCAGAGUGGAACGUUCAAGGAUGGCGAUCUUCUCGUGAACAAGGACGGUCUUCGGAUCGUUUCCCAGAACGAAGAAGAAGAGCCACCUCUUAUAAAGCCAUCAGACAAUCAAUUGACUUUAGCUGAUAUUGAUAUGGUUAAAGUUAUUGGAAAGGGUAGUGGUGGAAUCGUGCAAUUGGUUCGCCACAAAUGGACUGGCCAAUUUUUUGCUCUCAAGGUUAUACAAUUGAAUAUUGAAGAGAGUAUGCGCAAACAGAUUGCUCAGGAACUAAAGAUAAACCUGUCCACACAGUGUCCAUAUGUUGUUGUAUGCUACCAGUCUUUCUACGACAAUGGUGUUAUAUCUAUAGUACUGGAGUACAUGGAUGGUGGUUCUCUAGCCGAUUUUCUAAAGAAAGUCAAGACCAUACCCGAGCCAUAUCUUGCUGCAAUCUGUAAGCAGGUGCUUAUAGGUUUGAUGCAUCUUCACCAUGAAAAACGUAUUAUCCAUCGAGACUUAAAACCAUCGAACAUACUAAUAAAUCACAGAGGAGAGGUCAAGAUAUCUGAUUUUGGUGUCAGUGCUAUCAUACAGAGUUCUUCUGGUCUGCGAGAUACAUUUACUGGCACCUGCAACUAUAUGUCUCCAGAACGAAUUAUUGGUGGAAGACAUGGAUAUCUAAGUGAUAUUUGGAGCUUGGGUCUAGCUAUGCUUGAGUGUGCAACAGGCCAGUUUCCCUAUCCUCCUCGUGACAGUUUUUAUGAGCUUCUGGAAGCAGUUGUCGAGCAGCCACCACCUCGUGCACCUCCUGACCAUUUUUCUGAGGAGUUUUGCUCAUUUAUUUCUGCAUGUGUACAAAAAAAGGCCGAAGAUAGAAAAUCUGCCCAAGUGCUUUUGGAACACCCCUUCUUGAGCAUGUAUGAUGACCUGCAUAUUGAUCUCGCAUCUUACUUCACCACUGCUGGAUCUCCGCUUGCCACCUUUUGAAUCUGCGGUAUUGGACAUCUGUUGCAUGUAGAGUUCCUUUUUCCAUGCUAAGUAUUCCAAUUUACCACGAUUUGAUGUUAGGUAUUAUGUAGUGUUUCCAAUAAAAGAACAAAUUGGAAGGGUUCUUCGAAGUAAUUUUGAAUCAUAUCAAUCAUAUUUCAUGGGCGUGAUAUUUCGGUGGUUCUUUGGGUAUGCACCGGAAAACAAUGGUGUAUUCUGCAUGCAACUUGUGCGCUUAAUGGAGCAUUAUCAAAGUGCAAGCCAAAUAUUGAAACGCUGCUUCUCUUUAUGUUGUAGAGGCACAUACGAUUCUGGUGGAUUUUCUGAUGUGUUUUUUGCUAAGACCGUGGAAAUGAGAGUGAUACCAAAGUUUUGUGGUUCGUGUACUAGAUUGUAAUAAGAAAGCAUCCCCCAUGUUCUGUGCUCCAAAAUGAACGGAAAAUAAAAUUCCAUAAAU